GUAAGUGUGACAGAUGGUGACUACAAUGUAUAUAAUAACAAGAAAAAAACUCUUGUGCCUCUAGGUGAUAUUCAUUUCCUUUUGCAUUCGCUCGAGUAUUGAAUGUGUUAGUCAGUAAAGAAGGAGAUCUUUCUCAUAAAAGGUGGUUGAUCCUCUACCCAACACGGCUUGCAAUGUUAAUUGUCAAAUAUGGUUCUUCUGUUCAUCUUUCUUUUCUUUCUUCCAAUGUGUCAAGAAAUGAGUCUGGUUAGAACAUAAAUUUAAUAUUUGUGCCAUUUUGGAAAAUAAUUCAAAAUUUGCAUAUUGGGGCAUCCCAUCACAACGUUGCUGCAAUUUGUUCUUCGUCAGUUAAAGCAUGCAAAAUGAUCAUUCGACAAAAAUCUUUUGCUGCCCAAGCUGUGAUGGCUUUCCUCACGGUGAAAAUAAUGCUCGUGUCACUGAUAGGAAAUGGCUUAUUUCUCGCCAUCUUCGCUCGCUUCAAGGUGUUUCGACGCAGCUUUUCGAACAUUCUUUUCGCCAAUCUGGCUUUGGUCGAUUUGCUCAAAACUCUUGUCAACCUGCCGCUCUUUGCAGUAUCCUUCAUCUUGGAACCCAGCUCACUGAAAGGAAAAACAUGGGCGAUAAUCUCUGCUUCGCUGCACGUAGAAUUCGCUUUUCUUAACAUUGUCUCUAUGUCUGCCCUUAUGUUGGACAGGUUCCUGGCGCUGCAACUCGAGUUGAGGUACUUUACAUGGAAGACAACCAAAAAAGCUAAAAUAGCCGUAUUCCUGAUCUGGCUGCUUUGUACCACGACAGUGACAUUGUCCGCCGUGCCCUUGUUAGACAUGGAUCAGCUUGAAGGAGUGCCAUUAAAUGAAGCCCGAGGAAUGAUAUUGGAGGAAAGAAUACUAGUUUCCGCACCACUUACAGCUUUUUUCACGAUCGCGUCAACCGUGCUUGGAUUUUUGUCAGUUUUCGCCAUUAACCAGAAGAAAAAAGAGGUAAAAGAUUGUCAUUAAAUCGUAUGUUUCUUCUGUGUAAAUACAAUUUCUUCUUAGGGAUUAUUGCACUAUAACAAUGUGGUGUGUCACGCUGAAGCUGUACUGAUGCCCAAUAGUCAGAAGCGGCUGUCAUGUAAUGAGCGCUUAUGUCCAGAAAUGCACACAGUAACGAAAUCGGCUAAUUUAACGAAAUUUUGUCAAACUGAAUGUUCGUUCGUGAAUAUCGAUUCCAUGAUUUUGACGAAUUUUAGUCAAAUUUGUCAAAUCGACGUUGAUUUUGAAAACUUUUGCUAGUCAGAACUAUAUCCCACCAGAUACGGUCCUAUCAAAUUGGCGGAUUUGGCGAUUAAUUAUGGCGAAGAUUAUGCAAAUUGCUAAUCAUACAGGGUCCUAACUGAUACUGGCAGAUUUAAAGAUUUUGGCGACUUCUUGCCAAAAUCGAGAAAAGUGAGGCUUAGCUUUUUCCUCCAACUUCUACCUUUACGCAUGGAAGCUAAGACAAGCUUUUCUUAUGUAUAUAAUUAGUCGGUAAAAUUUUAUCGCUUUCAAAAUUUAUUACUCCGCGGUUCUUAUAAAAAGAUCUUUUCCUUUUUCAACACGUCGCUUUUACUUAGAUUGCAGGGUAAAAGAACAGAUCGACUCCCUGGCUGCCUGAUAUGUUAGUCAAUCCAGGGUUAUCCAUCUAAGCUUUAUAUUACAAAAAAAAAGUCUUCAAUUAUAUAAAUAAUAGUCUCCA